AUGGAGUAUCCUCAUUUGGUCAUAUUUGUUCCAUUUAUUUUAAGUUCUAUUAUAUCUAUGAAUUCCUGUAAACGGGUUAAUGUUAUUUUAUUUAUUUUGGAUGAUUUAAGACCAUCACUUGGAUGUUAUGGUGAUGAUAAUGCUUAUACUCCUAAUAUAGAUCAACUUGCAAAAGAUAGCAUUAUCUUUAGUCAUUCUUAUGCACAGCAAGCAUUAUGUGCACCAAGCAGAAAUUCGUUUCUUACAAGUCGUCGCCCUGAUACUUUAAGUUUAUAUGAUUUCUACAGCUACUGGCGAGAAGUAGCUGGUAAUUUUACUACACUUCCCCAAUUUUUUAAAGAUAAUAGUUAUACCACUAUGUCCAUUGGAAAAGUUUUUCAUCCAGGUAUUAGUAGCAAUUAUUCAGAUGAUCAGCCAUAUAGUUGGACUUUUCCUCCAUUUCACCCUAAAUCUGAAAUAUACAAAGAUUCAAAAGUUUGUAUCACAAAGGACAAUCCAUUCCCUCAAAGUAAUCUUGUUUGUCCAGUUGAAACUAAGUUGCAGCCUGAUGGAACAUUACCUGACAUUGAGUCAACUUAUGAAGCUAUACAAUUUUUGCAAAGAACGCGGUUAUCAGGAAUUCCAUUCUUUCUGGCUGUUGGUUUUCAUAAGCCUCAUAUACCAUUAAAAUAUCCAAAACAUUUUAAAAAAUUUCAUCCCCUCGACAAAGUACUCCUGCCAAACCAAAGAAGAAAACCACCUGGUCUUCCAAUUGUUGCUUGGAAUCCAUGGACAGAUUUAAGAGAAAGAGAAGAUGUAAAAGAGCUCAAUAUAUCAUUUCCAUUUGGGGUAAUAAAAGAUAAACAAGCAAGAUUAAUCAUUCAAAGUUAUUAUGCAGCUGUGUCCUAUGUUGAUGAUUUAAUUGGACUAAUAUUGAAGGAAAUUAUACAUUUGCAACUAGAUAAAACUACAGUUAUUGGUUUAAUAGGAGAUCAUGGUUGGUCCUUAGGUGAGCAUGGAGAAUGGUCUAAAUAUAGUAAUUUUGAUAUUGCUACUAGGGUACCUUUGAUCCUAAAAAUACCUGGACUAUCUGAUAGAAAUUUGAAGAUAAAUGAUUAUAACACCGUUGAUGUGCCAGUUGAACUAGUAGAUUUAUUUCCAACUUUAGUAGAUGCAACAGGUUUACAGUCGAUUAGACAAUGUGGUAGUAAAUCUAAAACAACAAAACUUUGCACUGAAGGCAAGAGUUUGUUACCUUUAAUAAUGAAUGCAUUGAAUAAUGGAACAAAAAAGGAGGAAAGAUAUUUUGCAUUAAGUCAAUAUCCUAGACCAGGAGAAUACCCUACUUUAAAACCCAACAGUGAUAAACCAAAACUCAAAGAAAUAAAAAUAAUGGGUUGCAGCAUUAGAACAGAGAGGUUUCGGUAUACUGAAUGGUGUGGUUUUCAAAAUUUUUCAAUAAAUUGGAGAGAUACAAAAGCUUGUGAACUGUAUGAUCACUAUUUGGAUCCAAUGGAAAAUUUGAAUCUUUCAGAGGAUAAAAUAUACUUUGAAAUAAGGAAAGAACUUAGUAAUAUGUUAAGGUUACAAUGGAAUACAUAUUGA